UAUUUUAUGCAUGCUGAAACACAACAUUGUCAACAUUGACUGACAGAAUACACAGACCGUCUAGUGACCUACUCUAGAUUAAAUGGAGACUCUUGACCAGAUCUUGAUCUAGUUCUCAGGUAAAAACAGAUGACUUGAAUCAGUGACAAAAAAAUGAUUUCUGAAGCAAUGAGUGCUUCAGAGAUAAAAAAUGUCAACAGUUUUCCAAAAACAAAGCACUCUCUUUGGGAUAAAACUGUUGUGGGGCAGACCACUUUUCUUCACAUUGCUCACUACAGGAAGCCGAGAGUGUGUAUACCAGAGAAAAUAUUGAGGCUGAUACAACAUCAGUGUGAACACUUUGAUCAGGUGACACACCAACUGAUUGGCAGUCUGGUUGUUGAAGCUGAUGGGGAAGGUGUACGCAUUCAUAUUGAUAGAUUAGAUACACGUACCAGUGUACUGAAAGAAAACUGCGUUCCAGGAGAAUUAUUAAUUCCAUUGAAGGUAGCUAACAAUGCAGUCAAGGAUACCCAAGCCACAGUGACUGAAUACAUCAAUGCCUUUCAAACUUUACAAGAAAGGUGCUGUAGUAAAUCAAGUAUUGAGCUGUCCAACUUCCUGACCUGUGAAGGUUUUGCCACAUUUUAUAGUAACACUCAGACAUCUGUGGUCCACCUGGACCUGGACAUGAUCAGUGUUGAAACAGUAUUUAAAGUAACUCCGAUACCAGCCAUUCCCAUCGUCCUAACUGCCCUGUCGAAAAAUUUGGCGGGUCCAAGGAGUCUGAGCAAAGUUCAAGGUGUCCCAAAAACAGGUUACCUAACUAUGGACCACACCCGAAAGCUUCUGUUAGUCUUAGAAUCAGAUCCCAAGGCUUCUAGUUUACCUCUAGUCGGCAUUUGGAUUUCUGGUGUUGAAUUUGUGCAACAUCCAUUUGUUUGGGCUUCAUGUCUCCGUUACAUUCACAAUGCUUUUCUACAAGAUAGAAUCAAUCUACCUCCAGAGGACUUUCUUCUGGUUUUCUACACCACCCUGCACUCAAAGCCAGAAUUCUACCAGUGCAAUACAGUGUCUGGCACCAGAGAUCUCAGCUUUAAACUUUACUCAGGACAUGAAGUCACACACAUCACCAAAGCUUUUUCUAGACCAUGUGAUAGCAUGACUGAAGUUGAAAUGGGGUCUACUCACAGUCAGAGUAAACAAGAAAUAUUUGACAUGGCCAGAACAAGACACAAACAGCAAAUGGUGACUGGUAACACAUUCAAGGCUAUUUCAGAAGAUAUUGAGCCAAGAUCUGCUCCCAUACCUCACAUGGAGAAAGUUCCAAUAUUUCAACCAGUUGUGCCAGACGUUUCUGUGUUGUGGACAGAUUCUCCUGUAGCAUCCCCUCAGAGGAGCACCAUGAACAACACACCAUCAUAUUCUGUGUUCCCUCAUACAAGCCCUGUGGCCAGGCCUACAGUUCAGCAACUGCAGAGAUGUCCGCAGAUACCCUUAGCACAGCAGUACUCUCCAGCUUACCACAUGGGGUUCAUCCACCCGGCUUUUAGCCCUUCAUCUCACACUGCAGAGACUUCGACAAUAAACAGUCACGUUUCUGUGAGUUCACAGGGGAAAAAGCCUUAUCCAGUUUCUCAGGACAAUCCUACAGUAUUGCCAAGUCUUGCUGGAUAUCCAUCACCUCAGUAUAUGCUCAGCAAUAGUGAUCAGUAUGGACCUGUUUCUGCAUAUACAUCUAAUAGAUAUCCAUUAGAAAUUACGGGUAGACAUGAGUUAGACCCUGCACCCACUGCUGGUCCAUUCAGUGGUGCAUCAAAUUCUAUACAAUAUUUUGGUAGGGCUGACAAGGUCAUGCCAAGUUUACCAGAUCAGGUAGCUGUUUCUCAAAAUGUGAAUCGAACUCGUUUUGUUCCGCCUUGUGCACUAAAAACUGUUGUUGAGGAAUCUGUCAGCAACCCUACAGAUGUGUCUUCCCAGGACAGAAUGCUGGGUCUGAGUUCGGAUGGCAGUGCGUCAGAAGACAGCGGGCUCAGCACAACGCCAGACAAAAACUCAUCUCAACAGAAGCAAGCUGCAGGCAGCACAGCAGCUGGUGAGACUCAGGUCUCGGACAAACUCUCUUGGGAACAGCUUCCUGCAGACAUCCGGUCGCUACUUAUCCAGCAGAAUGAACAGAUCAAACUUCUACAGCAACAGAUACAAAUACUUUUGCAGCAGCAGGCUAAGCAGAACAUAAGCACUCAACAAGCAUGCAGCCAUCACGAUACGCUUCACAGUGAUGGUGGGAUGUCUCAUGCUGACCAAACGUCUCUCCCUUUGCUCACACAGAACAAACAAAUGUCCCCACAAGGUAGCCUGUCACAAGGUCAUGCUGUGGUGAAUGUUACUCAGACUAACCAGGUUAUAUCUAACACCACACCUCAGAGCAUUCAAGAUGUGGAGAAGACAUUGCUUCAGAAUUACUCAAGCCCUGCUCAACAUUCUUCACAAAGUAGAGAAUCCAUGUCCUCAACUACUUUACAAAGUAGAGAACCCAUGUCCUCAACUGGUUUACAAAGUAGAGAACCCAUGUCCUCAACUGCUUUACAGAGUAGAGAACCCAUGUCCUCGACUGGUUUACAAAGUAGAGAACCCAUGUCCUCAACUGCUUUACAGAGUAGAGAACCCAUGUCCUCGACUGGUUUACAAAGUAGAGAACCCAUGUCCUCAACUGCUUUACAGAGUAGAGAACCCAUGUCCUCGACUGGUUUACAGAGUAGAGAACCCAUGUCAUUGGAUGUUUUAAAAAAUAGAGAGCACUUGUCCUCAACUGCGUUACAGAGUCGAGAACUUUUGUCCUCUACAGCUUUACAAAAUAGCAAUCUUUCUGACAAGACUAAACAAGUGGUGGAGGUUUCCAGUAAACAGACUCUACCAUUCCCAGAAUCCAAUAUGAAACCUCAACAGGAACUAAACUCUUCAGUUAAGGCGACCUUUACUAGCAGCAGACAGAUUGUCAACUCUCCAGUUUCAGAGAUAGUUAAUGAUUCUUCAUAUUUUGACAGCAGAUCUCAACUUGACCAAAGUCCUAUCAGCGUCAGCCAGUACUCCUGUAUUGACCAGGAUGAGUCUAAUUCAACCUUUGCUGAAGAUGCCACAGAUCCUAAGCAAUAUUAUGACCAGCUGAUGAACAACAUUCAAAUGUUUCUGUCCAACACACCAAAAAGUGAGCCUAACAGUGAGGCAGAGACCUGCCUAGAGAAAACUGUCGAGAUUCCAACAACAGUAGCCAACAGCUCCCUGGCCCAACAGCUCAGUUAUGUCUCCAUGCUGUUAGGCUGCGGAGGAGAUGUGGGACAGUCUAUGGAGAUCAAUGCCAUGGCCAUGAAAUAUCUUAACGAUGAGCAGCUGACCCAAAUGGCAAGGCUGUGGAAAGAUACUGGCUAUUCUACCAGUCAGUCGAAUAAAGUUCUUCAGAAAGUGUUUUCAGGGGCCCUGUCAGCACAAGACAUGUCUAUGUGGGGGUCUUCGCCUAAUAUGACCAUGGGCACUCAGAUGUACCUGGCCAGACACGGGCUGUUAGGCAACGACUCUAUCAUGUUGACAUCCUCUAACACUGACCAGGUGUCUAUGCUGGAGAAAUUUCAGCUGAAGACCGACUUUAGCACUGUCACCAUAGGAAGUCAAGACAUGGGCAGAAAACUAUCAUGUGAGGUAUCAGGCUUUGAGACUAACAAAAGAAUAAGGGACCCAUUGACCCCAAUUAGAACCCCCCAGGAAAUAGCAAGUGCUCAAAGGUAUGCCCAUUCUCCAACGAGUAAUAUAAACUGCCUUCCUUUUAAUUUGAAACCUGGCGGACUUAAUCCUGACAACGGUGCCUCCCCAUAUCUUGGAGGUAAAGAUUACCGAGAACCCAAUCUUCGAAAUGUUCCACAGGAAGGCAGGCGGCAGGAUUCCUCGAGGAAAAAGCUUCCUAUGGCUUCAACACUUAGUGACGAUGAAAAUUUGUUAGAUAUUGCCAAGUUGAAACAGUUGCCCAAGUUAUUGUAGUUUAAAAUUUAAUUUAUUCUCUUAAUUUAUUUCACUGUAUAAAUUAUAAAUAUGUUCUGUUGUUGUCAUGCUCUUACUUGUACAGUCUUUACUGAGUUAAUGUUCUUGUUAACAAGUUGACCUCUGACAAAUGUAGAAUCAUUCUCUUGUUUCUCUGGGCAUCUAGCACGUUUAGUGUUGUUAAUGGUGUGAGGUGGUAGACUGUCAGGCUGCUAAGUGCUUUGAAUCCGUGUCUGUACAUCUUUAAUUUUAAGAUUGCAUCAAUAGAAAUGAUCUUGAAAUGAUACAAAUAUUCACAGCAUUCUCAACAUUGUGAUAUUUUUCUGCUCACUUUUUAUUUUUGUUAAUAAUAAAAUUAUAUUUAGAUUGUUGAAGACAGGGGCAGAAGUGGGGAAUAAAGCGGACAACAGCUUUGCCUGCAUCAGAUGUGGGAAAAUAUGCAGGUCGCAACUGGAUUUGCAUAGUCAUGUGAAACGCUGCACUGAUCCUUACUUAAUCUUCAGAUUUGAAGACAUUGCCAUUAUUAUAUUCAGUUGAAAUAAUUUGGUACCUCAAACUGCAUUGCACCUCCUCCACCAAGAAAUAACUUGAUUUAACUAAUCUAGUUCUUGUAGAAUUUAUUUUUGAAAUUGAUUCUUAUAUUGAUGGAAAAAGUAGAAACUCUUUUGCAAUUUGUGUAUUUUAUUUAGCCGGUAUCAAAAAAAAGUUAACAAAACAGUGAUUUUUAGGAAAAUCUUGAGUUUAACUUUUUUACCUCAGACUGACAAUUUCCUUAGCAACUGUACAUUUAAUUUGAAACUUUUGGAUCUGUUUCCCUUUUUAAUAGCCUUUUGCUCAAUAAAUCAGAAGCACAAUAAGAGGUUCUUGUGUAAUAGGACCCCCUUUGUUUUUUAAAUGAAGGGUUAUUAUUAAACUGCUGGUUUGGGUCUAUGAGUUUCUCUACAUUGACCAAAACAAAAACACUAAAUGUUUUGUUUGUGGAUCUCUUUCAUUUUAAAAUCUCCAUGACCUUCACUUGGUGGAACCGAAACAUUAAAUGUCAUUAGCCACAUCCAAGAACAUUCCAAAUCUUUUCAUACAGAAAACAGCUGCUUCAAUGGUUCCCCCUCAGCAAUAUUUUAUUUCAAUAGAAUGGACACUCUUAACUUAGUUACUUACCCUGUUUGCUUUGAUUUUAAGGUUGGCAAGUGUUUUCAAUGACAUAUUUUGUUUUACAAUGGAUCAUAACUUCAAAACUCUGAAAUGCUUUUUUUUUUUUCUAUUUAUUGAUUUUUUUUGUCUUGGUAUAACUUAAAGACCAUGUUUUAAUUUUUUCUUUGGCAAAAUCAAAAGAGUCAUGGCCAUGUUGGAACUUCAUUAUCCGUCCCUAUAAUCUAAAGCAGUGGUUCCCAAACUUUUUUCUUUAAUGAAACUCUUUGCACAUUCUGAGUACUUAGCGGAACACUUAUUUUUUUUUUAGAGAGGUUAAGUCACAGCGUGGCCUACUAGCUAAUUAUUCCAGUAGUUCUUGGAACACCUAUUUUUCAGGCCUGAUGGAACACAGUUUGGGAAACACUGAUCUAAACUAUUCAUAUGUAGUUGACAUUGGAAUGUUAAGAAUUCAUUUUGUUAACAAAAUACUUUUUGAUUAACUCUGGUGUUUAUGUUCUUGUAAGACCAGGUUCAUACUUUAUACAAAUUAUUUACACUGUGAAAUGAUUGUAGGCUAUGCACUACAUUAAAAAAAUGUACUUAUUUCAAUAAAUUAUUCUAUCAUG